ACAGGCAAGAGCAGUACUUAAACGGGCUGAUGCAACGACCUCAACUAGUCCCAAAAGCUACAUCCGAUUCACAAGUCCCGCACUGACACAUUACUCUCACUGCUGCGGAUUUUUUUGGCGCACUGUAGGUAAGCCAGAUAAUUAGCUAUCAAGCUAACUUUACCCUGUCAUUGAUUUCCUCUAUCUUUCUUUUUGUUCUGUGAGAAAAUGUUGCUUUGAGUUUUUACUAUUUUCUAGUUUUUUGCGUUCUUGCUUCUGCACGUUGUUAGUAAAAUUUGGAGCGACGCCUUUGUAACAAAUUCUUUCACAUAUGAGAAUGCGUUUGUAUCAGUAAGUUUCUCUAAAAAGUCCGAGGUUACGAAGUUAUAAAGUUUUACGCUGCUCCCUCCACAGCAGUCAAUCAGCGUCACUUGCUGUUACAACAACCGUUACGUACGUCACUUUGUUGUUACAACUGUUGUAGCAACUGUCGUCUCAUAGCUCGUUAUUUACAGACAACAUUUGCUAAAUAACACUCCAGCCUAUGUAGCACUUACGGUAUUUUCAUCACAAGAUCUGUAAUUUCAGUAUUGCUGAACAGGAGAAGUGUCAGUUAGCGUAGUGAAUGCAGUUAUGUAACACAAUCCCAACCACACGCUGUGGGUUUUCAGAGGCGGGUAUCUGGAAGCAGGGCAAACACCAAACUUCAUUAAGUUUGCAAAGACAUUUACUUUAACUGCUGAAAAAACGCAAUAAUAUAACUUUGUCGCGGUAGUACUGUCAUAUUAUUGGUUCAGAACGUUGCCAAGUUACAUUCGGCCUGCUUUUCUUUUUGUUACUGACUGUCACUGUUGUUAUUUUGAAGUCAGACACAUUGCAUGUGGCUGCAGAAUAGAUAGUGGAGUGGGACAACCAGAUUUACAAAAUUGGUAUGGGUGACACUGUUACUCUGCUCGUAUGAAUUAACAGGCUAAUCAAUAAUUGGGGAUAUAAAUAAUAUAAUCUGUUUAUCUCGGUUAGAAUUUGUGAGCAUUCCAGGAAUUACCACACUUUUCGAGAGCGCAAAGUGUUUUGAUGGAUAAACUUCAAACAUAGAAGUAAUUUACAUUAAAAGAAAAAAUGAAGAGCCAAAAAAAGUUUUGCCCCCCAAAAAAGAGAUAUUUAAAAACCUGUUUUGGAUAAAUCUGUCAAUCAGACAUAUGAGACUUUAUAACUAUGAUUAGUAAUAUGUAUAUUGUUCCAUCUCCACAGUGUCCCAACACAGCUGCGUCAUUGAAAGAGGACGAUUGGCAGGUUUUCUCUGAGUAAGUAUUCUGCAUUUAAAUCAGUCCUGGGUUGAAUUAAUCAAGACUCUCUUUAGUUUCACCUUCAGCUGCACUGGAAAGACUUUACUUGGCAUCAGGAGUUUACUUUGAUAUAUAAGUGAUGUAAAUGGAGUGUGAAGUAUCUUUGACAGCUUGUAAGUACAGCCAGGGACAUGUGCUGAGAUUAGCCGCAUCCGUAGUCUUUGUUUUGGCUUGUCAUUGUGCACACUGUCUGUAUGUUCAAGUGAGACUUUCUGCUCUGGGCAAGAGGGACUCUUUACAUGUGUGUUUCACCUUUUCAAAUAGAGCCACUUCAAAGUUUACCACCACCUAUCACCAGUCACCAGAGCAGUCACAUGGUGUCACUGUGUUGUGAUUAGUUGGUAAGCAUUAUCCCCCUGUCCAAAUCAGGAUCGGUGAAAAGAUUUACACUUUCCUGUAUGACAGGAAUAGUAACCUGAGCUUUAGUUAUCUACCCCCGCUGACUUGAAAGUUAAAGGCCAGUAGAAGUAAUGGCAAAUAUGAUGGAUAGGGUUGGCUUAUGUGCAUGUGUUUGUUGGUGAGUUGCAAGUUCAUGGGUUCAAUGUUUUCCAAGUGCAUGCUCCUCAGCUGCUGCAGUGCUUGCUUGUACAGCAACAUGCCACGCAGGGGAAACUAUUCUUGCUCUGUAUAUAUAAGUAUUUCUUUUGUGUCUUUAUCUGUGUUUGCGUGUGUCUAAGUGAUCCAGUGUGUAGUACACAGGGUUGAAAUGCCCCAACGCCUGCCAGGGCACAUUGGUAGGAUGGUUCCUGCAUAAAUGGAAUGCUGCAGUGGAUUAAUGGGGAAAGGCUGGCGAGCCGGCAAGCAGCGCAGGGCCGACAAGGCUGAGAGGCUGGACGUGGGCGCACAGGGUUUAUUUUAAGUAGAAAUGCCUUCCAGUGCGUCUCUGGAGAGCUGGAAUUGCCAAGCUGCACCCCAGCACACUCAAUAGACAGCAGACGCAUUGCAGGCAAGCCAGCCAACUAUGCAACAGCCAGGCUCAGUGAUACUAAUACUAAUGCAGGGGGAGCAGCUAUUCACUGCUGCAUGUAUCACAUUAUCAGUCUCACAUUGUAGUCCCUAUAAACCUUUCCUCAUGGCCUGUAAAAACAGUAUCAGGACAGGCUGGAUGUGGAAGCAAACGCCCAACUGUCCAAAGGUGUAACUGAGAGAAGAACUAUUAAAGCCUGUAGGUUUUUCUUUUUCAGAAAGGACCCAGUCAAAGCUCCUCAAAAAGAGCUGGUUACACACUUAUGGUUUCCAGAUUUCCUGCAUUUCUUUUGGAAUGAAGGAGAGGUUUUAAUAUUUGCAUAGAAAACAGCCCUGUAACUGAUGUGGACUAAAACAUUGACCCCCUUCUUGCAGCACUUCAGAGCAACAAAGAAUCGAAUGUAAAAUUUGGUGGAGCAAACACUGGUGCUGUUGAAUCAGAGCAAGCAUGUGCUUGACGUGGAGUGGAUGAGGAAAUAUCUGAGGACAAAGUGUGAGGGAGCGUUAAAGUGACAACCACACAUUACACAAUAACAGUGUUGCCUCAACAGACAGCUUUAAAUCUGAUUUUCUGGACUGUGUUGGCCAAUAUCUUAUAUUCAGGGAUUGCAUUUAACACGUCUUGCAUUUGUCAUGAACCCCAUACGUCUGAAAUGGCUUUUGUCUGCAUUUUUUAUUUUGAUUCCUUUAAUCCACGUCUGAGCCAAGCCAAACUUGCUGCCAUGCAAAGUCUAAUCCUGACUUACAAUGUGGAGAAAAGCAGUUACAGUGUAAUAAGUCAAGCAGGACCACCCAGGUGUAGAGUACAGAUGUGUGACUGUUUCAGUGGCAUGUAGCAGGAAUCUGCCAAUGAUCUCACAGUGAUGUCUGAAUAAAGACAGCUACAGUGCUUUGGCUUUGUGCACGUCUGAAUGUCUUAUGUGUUUUUGUUUGCCUGAAAAACUUUUAAUUCUUACAAGAAAACAAAAGAUCAACACUCCGCUCUCUGGUGUCACUGUAGUGUGAAAAUUAGAUAACCUGUGCUUGCACUGCACUCCAGCCCUACAAUGAUAGUUAAAUGUUUGUGCCACUUUGAAUUGUUGUUGAUAAGAGGAUUUUUUUAAAAAAGAUUAGUUCACCCCUGAGAACAGCCAAAUGAGAAAUAAAAGCUUGACUUAAAAGCUGCCCUGUUUUCCGUUGUCAUAAUUGAGUUUAGUAAUUAGAUAUGACCUCAGUGUGAUCGGAGUAACGGCCACUAUUUGGGCGUCUCUUCCCUACUUGUUCCUUUGUGUCUUGUCCCUCCUCUGAAAACAUAAUGAAAGGCUGGAUAGAUGAGGAUUCUGUAUAUUUGGACUGUUCUGUCCUCGAGGAAAGUCAGUGCCAAAUUCCCCGGUUCCCUCCGAGGAUUGCGAAAGGCUGUAACUCAACACACAGCCUGACAGAGGGCAGACAGUGAUGAUCAUGCAGACCUUGGCCGCAGAUUGAGAGAGCGUGCCUUGGCCUGAUCUUUUUGUUUUUUUUUACUCAUUGUUCAUUUUCAGGGCUUGUGUAGUGUUUGAGCUGCAGGAGCUGUUUUCAGGAAUUUUGCAAGACACUGGUGUGUGGGCCGUGCAGCACCUUAUUAGUCUAGAAUUAGAUGUUAAAAAAAAAAAAUGCUGACAAAAAUUGGUCUUGGAAAGAUUGCGCAGCAUGAUCCAGUGAUUUAAAGUCGAAGCACUCUGGCAGGAUAAUAAUGUAGCUUUGUAUCUCAGGCAAAGAUGAAUUAUACAGCAAUUAUUCUUGACUCCUGCCUUCAAAAUGACCAGGCUGCUAGAGGUUAGCAGUUGAAACAGCAACAGUACAUAAAGGUAAUGAGUAGUGUUUUAAAAGCCCCUUCGCUCAAACCCCCCACUCCUCUAUUGCAGGGUCUCUAUAGGGGACAAGGAUAAUAGGACCUCCAGUCACGCUGCUGGCUAUUGGUAAGGGUCUGAAUUCCUUUGCGCUGCUAAUUGCACUCAGGAAUGACUCAGGAAGUGGACACAUUUGGUCAAACUGAAGGCAGAUAGAGUGGGACUUAUUGUCUGCUUCUUCAUAUAGGAACCCACUCUUCACACACACCUCCAGCUAUCAGCUCUCAUGCUGUAACAUUAGUUUUGGGCUGAGGCCAGAGACCUGCAUUGGGUACGGUCCUGUAUUCCAUAACUAACACAUGACAUUUCCUCCCUCUGCCCUUGGCUGCUGUUAGUCUCUUCUCAGUUUAGCCCUGAGAGGCAGCUGAGCCGGGCUGUGUAGGUAUCUUUGUCUGGGGUUUGCAUGGGCCUUUAAAAAGCCGUGGCACUGGCUGUUCUGCUCCACUGCAAAAGCACUGUGACGCCGUUGCAUCAUGAAACACUGACCACUAAUCCUCGACUGCAGUCAGCCACCGAGAGAGAGGGAAAAAAAGGAGAAAAAUACCCCUCUUUUGAAAAUGCAAAAAAUCACUUUGACUCAUACUUUUGGGUCUGAUUAUGCAGCGUGAGUGUGAUGCAUCAGCAAACUUUCCCUGUGCUGUACAGAUGAGCCUUCUUCAGAGUUUCAUGUCUGGAGGCUUACUGAGUGUUAAAAUUUGCGUAGGGGAUUUAAGACGCUUGUGUGGCAGAACACAAGAAACUUUCCUCUUAAUUUCAAAUCAAAAGAGAGCCAUGCCAAGACUCUGUUAUGUGUUUGAGUUUACAACAGCACUGUGAAUCGUCUGGGAUUCACUUUUAUGUGUCAUUAUUGAUAGGCAUCACACUGCAGACAUCAUUUUGUUUUAAAGGCUGCAGGCAAAACUACCUCUGUGGUGUUGUGAUUUGUGUGAUCUGAUGCCAUGCAGACAAACAUGAGGUUGAUCUUUGUGUAUGUACUCAAAGUGUAUUGUGUGUGCGUGACUGUGUGUGGCGAGGUCUAGCCUGAGCUGCAUGUCUCAACAAGCCAUAGUGAGGAAUGGGGGCUUUCCUUAUGAUAUGUCUGUCUGAGCAGAGUUGCAUUAGAGUGUGUUUUAUAGGAGCCAGACUAAUAGACUUGAAAUAUGAUUGUUUUAGAAUUGACUUAUUUUUUUAGGGUCUGUUUCAGUUCAAAAUCAUGUUUGUCCAGAAGGGAGCCCAAUUGGAGCCUGUACACUGGUCCUGAGUGUCUGGCCAAGUUGAAACUAGACUCUAUUUUGGCUCUGAGUGUGAUUUACUCAGUCAUUCCUAAUGGGUGCUUCAGUUCCUGUGGCCGUUCUCUCGGCACAGGGUGUAGUUUGGAUUGCAUCUUUUGAAUUCCUGCAAAGUUAUUGACUGCCAGUGAGCAAUGGACAAAAAUCACUGCAUACCCUCAUGUCUCUUCUUUGCAGGGGAAAGUAAUCUCUAAUGUCUUGAUACUGAGUUACCAGAGAUUACUGCUACAUCAGGUCCUCUGUGUUUCAAUCGCUUAAUCCAAGUAAUUUAUACUAUUUUCUGGCUAUUUUAUAAAGUACUGUGUCUUUGUCUCAUAAAACCCAGGAUCAGCAGCCUGCCAUAUGCUCUGCCUUGUUCUUAGACAGCCUUUCUGAAGGCUUUGGCACCUUUCAUAUUUCAGUCUCUAAUGGGAGAGACUUAGAGAGAGAGAGAGAGAGAGAGAGAGAGAAAGAGAGAGAGAGCAGGGAGAGAGAGAGGGAAUUUGCCUGAGAGAGAUUUUUAUUUUUUUUUUUACCAGGGCUGUCUUGUUCUUUUCCUCUCCAGUAAAAACAACAGGCUGCUGCCAAGUGCAGUGUAAAUGGGAGUUUACAUACUCGGGGUGUGGGGGUGAGAGAAAGAGAGGGACAGGCUUUCAGGAUUUAAAUAAUAAAAUGCCUCAUUGGACACUAGCCCCACACAACAACUUGUCCUUGGAGAGACUCGAACCUGCAGACUGAACGCGUAAAGAAACAGGUUCAAGGUGGUAGAGAUUGGCUUGAGACUAGCAGUGUUAGUCCUCAAAUGUUACCGAGUUCAUUGGAAAUUAUUUGAGGUUUGAGUUAUACAAGUGCUUCAGGUUUGUUUUGACUGUCGCACUCAUGUUGCAGCUAUUUGAACUGACUUUUAAAAUGACCAGCUCGACAAACAAGGUAAGCAAAGCUGGAUGUAAAGUACAAGAUGCCAUUUUUAUCCCACUUUUACAACACUUGAGAAUUGAUUUGUUCUUGUUAAAAGUGAGCUGAUUUGGGUCCUGCUGUGCUCGACAGUAACUCUAAUCCAACUGUAAAAACAGCCAGGGACCAGCCCAUAUGCAGGGUGGAGUGCAUUAGAAUAGGGUUACAUAACCUUGUUUUUUUCAUUACCUUCUUUAUAGCUUUUGUAAUCGAGCGUGUCUUUCAGCCUUUUUAGCAAAGAAAGAAAAACUUGGUUUGACUUACAAUACACACGGCCUGUCAGCUUGUCACCAACCAGCAGUGUCAGCUGUUUCCGCUGUACCUCACAAUACGUCUUUGUUGGAUUCAUAAGAGAGAGGCUUUGUGCCCAACCUGCAGAGGUUUGAGAGGCAAAAGUGGAUUAAACUGUUAGUGUAGAUUCCACACUGAUAUGAUCAAUCCUUUAAAAAUUCCUCAUAGCUUUGGGUUUUGUGGGUAAUCCAAAGUUUUAGAGGUAUCAGCUGUUGAGAUGCAUCAGUCAUGCAAGAAUUUUGACAAAACUCUUCAACAACCUGUAUGUCUGUUUUCAUUCAGGGCAACAUUCACAGAAAUCUGAGCUGAUCCGCUGCCUAUUCUGCACAUCUUCAACCCUUAUUUAGUUGUUUUCAAUUGCAUGUAAUGAAUAGAAAGAGGAACCGUGAGCUGUAAAUGCACUCCUCCUUUGCAGAGAUGGGCAGGGUACAGUCGACUCAAGUUUCACUGUUCCAAUCUGUAACAUUUGUUUUUUAUUUGGCCAUCAGAAGUUUUCCAGUUCUUGGUCUUACAGUAAUUAUAGAGCGAUCUAAUUCUGCAGCCACUUCCUUUGAGCCUGCACAAGUUCUCCUUUUCCUCCUCUCUGUCCCUCAUUCCUCCCUGAUUACAUUAAAAAGUGCUGUGGUAAACCCCUCCAAACGGUCCCAAAUUGUUGAGAGAGGGUGGCGAUGGAAUGCACGAGUGUUGACAUGAAUGCUUUUGAUAUCCCCUGAACCGUCUUCUACGAAAACGACCAAAGGAACAUUUGGGAUGAGAAAAAGUCUGUAAUUGAUCAGAAGCAUAAGUGCAGCAGAUAGACGUCUGUUUAUGUAAUCGUGCAGAGAAGAUUCAUGGCUUCCCCUUUGCAUGUGAAACUCUAGAGAUGAGUGUGUAGCUGCUGACAGUGUGAAGUUUGUUUUUUCACCAGCUGCUGACUAAAAAGAUAACACAGCUGUGAAAGCUGUCAACGCUCGAACGCAUUCUUGGAAACUGCAAGACAUAUCUAGAGGGAUGAUGUUUGAUGACAAAACAGACGACAGACAAUAUACCUCUGUAAGGACAGAAUGCAAUAUAAAAUUAUGAUCAAGAUAAAUGAUGCUGCAUGGUUAUAGUAGUGAAAAGUCAAGACUGAGAAAAUACAGGAAUAAUGUCAGUCUGUUGUAUCAGUUAUAUAUUAGGUUUGUAAACAGGCUUAUCUUUACUGAGAUUUUGCUGAUUGUACUCUGGUGCGGCUGAUGUUUUAAGCUCAUUAUUUAAAUCAGAAAUAUUACAUAUUAUAUUCACUUUGCUUUCUGCUUUGUAAAUAAGAGAAGUAGCACUGAGUUUUCAUUGUCAGUGAUCUUGUAUUUGACUAACAGUCCUGUCUCCCUCUCCUCUGUCUCCCUGUAGGGGUGGUGGCGGCCGGGUCGGACAUGAUGCCGGGACAGAUCCCUGACCCUCCGCUGGCGGCUGGCUCCCUGCCCAGCCUGGGCCCGCUGGCAGGCAUCUCGGCCACCACGCUCACCGAUCAACUCAAACUAGCCGACUUCCGCCAGCUUGGCGCCAUGCUGUCCCCGCUGCACUUCCUCGGGAGGCUGGGGAAGAGGCCGCUGGCCAUCAAGACAGAGGUGAGGAGGUAGAAGGUUGUAGACAAAAGAGAAAAUGGUUCAGUUGGAGUGUGUGUGAAAGAUGAGCAUUCAGUCAGCAGGUAAAGGUAUCUUCACGCCUUCUGUCAGAGCAGGUUUUACCUCUUUUGUUAAGAAUCAAUCUUAAGUUGUCAUUUGACCCUGAAAACCGAAAAGUUGUAGUUUCACAUUUAAGCUGUUAGGAUUUGUGUUCAUAAUCUUUAGUGUUGGAAACUUUAAAAAAAAUAUAUAUGUCAAUCAUGCUUGCAGUGGUUUUUACAGUUAAUUUGAAAUGAAACUCGUCCUUUUUAUCAUUGUUUUAAGAAAUACAAUAUUUCUGUGUAAAUCAGCUAGGCCUUAAGGCUUUUUCAUACUGUACUGGGACUUUUUUGCCCCCUCUAGUGCUCACAAUAAAAAUUACAGGUUACACAACAUUAUUUUUCCAUGUAGACAAUCACGACUAUUGGUUGUAGGUUUAUAUACUUAUAUGUAACUUAGAAGGAGUGACCAUCUGUUUUCCAGUCAUAAUGUACAUUCCUACAAUGCCUGUUUCUCAUAUUGACAAAACAUUGUGUUGGCAGAUGGAUGAAGAUGAGGAACGGAGGAAACGGAGACGAGAGAAAAACAAGGUAGCAGCCGCCCGAUGCCGAAACAAAAAGAAGGAACGGACAGACUUCCUUCAAAGGGUGAGUUCAUGACACUGCAUUAGCAGAGCUGCUCAGGCCAAAAAUAACUGGACUUAAGUUAACCUGAGCAGCUGUGUAAGGCUGAUUUUAGUGAGCCAGCCUCGACUUGAUCAAACAUGAUCACACUAGAUCAAGCCUGGUUUAAUCAACCAGAAUAGCUUACCUUCAUCUGAGCAUCAUCAAGUCAGGCCAUUUUUUUAAGUGUUAUCAAAUAUUUUUAAUUCCAAAUUUUCACAAGUGUCCAAUACUUCAACAUCUGUGUGCAGGAAUCAGAGCGACUGGAGAUGGUGAACUCCGAGCUGAAGGCCCAGAUUGAGGAGCUUCGUGUUGAGAGGCAGCAGCUGAUGGUAAUGCUUAACCUCCACCGGCCCACCUGUAUUGUGAGGACAGACAGCGUCAAAACCCCUGAGAGUGAAGCCAACCCCUUGCUGGAGCAGCUGUCCGCUGAGAAGAAGUAAAAAUGAGAGAGACCGGGGCUUGAAAUCCCUGACUACCAAACUUGCACCACUGUGGCAGCCAUUUUUAUGAAACCAUAACUGGCAAAACAUUUCUGAACAAGCACUUGAGCUCCAAGCUGAGGACUUUUGGAGACUCUGCCCAAAGACCUGAGGUUUAAGGGCUUCUUUAGUACUGCUACAUGAGCUGGCUCUGGCCACCGGAAGACUGGAAACGCCCAGUUUCAUCUCUGCAUUAAGUGUUGUUGUUGACACCCACUGUGCCUAGCUGUUACUUCAACCAUCUCCACACAAAGGGACCAAUGGAAACAGUAGAAUAAGAAUGGAAACAACAGUGAGGAGACACACUAAUAUUAAUAUGGUGCUCUGAUACAAAAGCCCUGAGCAGAUUGUGAGGUUUUGUGUGAAUUCAGAGGCUCACAAAGGCUUCAUGCUCUGCAGUUUUCUUUUGUAUGCUAGCCUAAAUAUACAGGAGUAGAACUUUUAGUAUACAAUACUUAUAAGUACACAAGACGAAGUACAUUUUGGGGGGGGUUUGUCAUAUUGAUUUGUAUUCUCUGCCUCAAAUGUGGCAGAAUCCGGUUGAUCCGAUUUGUGGUGACGCUGGCGUCAUGAUAAGCACAUAUACACAAAAUGUUUACACCAUUGUUAUAUUGGACUUGUUGUUUGUCCCUUUGUUGUUUUAUACUGUUUUGUAUACAUAAACAUAUAUGACAUGCUUUUUAGUCACCGAA